ACUUUAUAGUUUUCAAAAUCGACCGAGUGUAAUGUAUUGUGCUUUCGCUUUCGUGUUUUAAUUUUUAAUGUGUUUUUCAUUCAUGUAAAGAAAACACUUAUUGUACUACAAUUUAAAAAAAUAAUGAGAGCUUUUUACAUAAACAAGUUAAAUAUACGUUACGUAUCUGUCGUAUCUUAAUUGUAAUUCCUGUUGUUUACUAUCGAGUCACAUCUCUUAAAAGAUGGAUGAAACUGUGGUUCUGAUUUUGUUAGCUUUAGUAAUGUUAAUUGGCUCCUACGUAUCUGGAAGCAUCCCUCUUAAUGUAUCUAUGUCUGAGGAAAAACUUCUGAAGGUGACAGUAUUUGGUGCUGGUCUUCUCGUUGGUACAGCGCUAGCGGUUAUCAUCCCGGAAGGCGUUCGUUCGUUAUUUGCUGAACGUACAGUCACAGUUGUAACUAAAGAUUAUACCCCAGAACCAGUUGAAAAGCAAGAUUUGCAUUCGGUUAUUGGGAUAUCACUUGUAUUGGGUUUCAUAUUCAUGCUGUUAGUAGACCAGUUAUCCACUCGGUAUAAUGGAUCUACAAAUCCCUUAGAGCGUAAUGUGACUGCCACGGUGGGACUUGUGGUACACGCAGCCGCGGAUGGCAUAGCUCUUGGCGCUGCAGCUACAACGUCGCACGCUGAUGUUGAACUCAUAGUAUUUCUUGCUAUCAUGCUUCACAAAGCACCGGCUGCUUUUGGUCUAGUCACCUUCUUAUUGCACGCUGGAUUAGAAAGAAAUCGUAUCCGCAAACAUUUGCUGAUAUUCUCGUGUUCCGCCCCCCUAUUUGCCGUUAUAACCUACUUCGGUAUCGGCAAUGAUAGCAAACAGACUCUAUCCGACUUCAAUGCUACAGCUAUCGCCAUGUUAUUCUCCGCUGGCACAUUUUUAUAUGUGGCAACAGUCCACGUUCUACCAGAGAUAACAAAUCCGCACCCAACACACACAUUAUUACCCAUACAGGAAGGUAUUCCCCCUAAACGCGGGUUCGCAGGGUUGCAAGUUAUCGACACGCUGAUUUUGGCUUUUGGCGCCAUGUUGCCAGUUCUAUUAACUAUGGGCCACGAACAUUGAUAUUUGCCUUUCGUGUACAAUGUCUCUAAGAUGCUGUACCGACUUGUCUUGAUAAUGAUGUGUUUUAAUCUGUAUUUGCGUUUUUGUAUAUAUUUGCUCCAACGUGACCGUGUGAGGAAGAGGAAUUAAAUUUUUACAGAAACAUAUUAUUUUUUUUUUACAUUUUAUUUACUUUAAAAUUACCAACUAUGGCAACAUUAGACAUAGAACUGGUUUUUUAUACCAUCUCCAUCUGUAAAAUAUACAGUUUUAUUUACUAUAAUUAUUGUUGUUACUACUAUAAAAUCCUAGAAUAGAACUUACCCAAAUUUGACAUUAUUUCCCAUGAAAUAGGUUGUAUUUUUCUAUAUUUUUAUCGGAUGAUUAUUACUAUCUAAUUGUUAUAAUCAUCAUACGUAAUAAAAAAAAUUAAGUCUUCAUGAACGUGUAGGCCAAAAUAUAUAGUAUAGUAAUGAUAAGACUUAUGUUAUUUGGUGUCUAAUAUAACAAAUAAUUGUGGAAUGAUCUGGCAACAUUGCCUUUCUACUGUCUAUGGUACACUAUUUCUUAAACUGCUGCGCUAGCAAUUUUAUAUAAAUAAAACCUAUCUCUAAGUGUAGAAGCGAGAUGUGCCUCGAAUUUUAAUUAUAUAGACUUUCUAUUUGAUAUAAAUAAUUUAUGAGUACAGAGUUUUGGGCCCGUAUUAUUUUCUAUAUGAAAUUAUAGGAUAUUUGACAGCGCUCAAGUCGAGAUUGACCUGAGAUUUUAGUAUAUGGAGCUUAGUGUUAUAAUUAUUGUAAUAGAUUAUGCACAAAGUUGUACUUUAAAGGUAUGUACUGGUAGGUUUUGAAGAAAAUUUUGAUGUUUUAUAUAAAAAAGGUCAUCUUCUUAUACCUAUGAACUUGUUAAUUUAAUGAUGUAAAAUGCUGUAAAUUGUAUGUUUUUAAUUAUUCAAAGAAACAAAAAUGAGCGGACAAUACGUCUUUAUUGUGAAAGAAAUCAAACUAUGUAUUUAUUAGGUUAUAAAGAUCUAAGUUUGUGAUAGUUUUGUGAGAACUUUUAAUUGUAUGUAUUGUUAAUUUUUAAAUGUUCAUUAUAAUAACAAAAUACAGAAUUUGGGUUACCAGUUAAGAAACGUAUUAUGCAUCUUAUCUGUGGUUUGAAAUACAAGAAUACCGACAAAGAUAAUAGACUGAGAAAUUCUACGCACCAUUCAAAUAUUUUCAUAUAUGGAACAGAUACUAAUUGCGACUACAGAUAAAAAACGGCUAUAUCGAUCUAAUCUAGUGAUCGGUUUUCUCAGUCCAUUGUUAGAGUCAAGUUAUUAUAAGUUUGCUAUGUAUGUUUAAUGUAUUUUUCUCAUAGAGAUAAUUGCUCAAACAAAAGUAUUUUAAAUGUCUUGAUGUUUAGUGUCUAAUUUCGUACACAGAAUAAUUAAAUGUGUAUAAUUCCCGGCCAAAAUUCGGCCAGUGUCAUCAGAAGUAUUUUAAGAUUUUUCUACUUCUCUCUUCUGUAUACGUCAAGUGACGUGCCGAUACUGAGCGUUAUUUUGACGCUCGUAUACUUUAUACAUAUACAGAUCUGUAUCGACUCAUUUUUUUAAUAAUUAAUCCUAUAUUAUCUGUGUACCAAUAAACAAUAGGCCUAAAUAAAUUUUAAUAAUUGUUGUAAAUUUAUCGAAAUAAAUGCUCUAUAGCACCUUAA